UAAAUAUUGAUUUUCAUUAUAUCAGUCAAAAUGGCAGUCAGCAAAGUUACCUUAGCUUUUGCACUCUUGGUCAUCUGUUGCUCCGUCUUCGCAGCGGACGAGAAGUUUAAGUGCUACAAAUGCGAUCAAGGUAAAGUUUGCGAAGACAAAAAAGAUAACUCUCACGAAUGCGAAGCAGGCGAGAAAUUGUGCUACAUCAAAGAAAUUACAGAUGGAUACGAACGUGGAUGCACAGCUUCCAAAGAUAUCUGUAAGGAUUUAAGUGAAGAAAAGUGCUCAACCUGCGACAAAAGUGAAUGUAACUCCGCUUCUGGCAUCGCCUCAUCCUUGGCUCUCAGCGCCGUCGCUGCUCUCCUCCUGAAGGCGUUCUACUAAUUAUGCAAUCAACGCAAAUAGCUUCUAAAUUAUUGUAAAUGAAACAAAGUUGGAGUAAUAAAAACUAUUUAUAAAU